GUUUGGGGGGUGAGAAACAGGCCUGUGUUGCUGAUUCCACUGCAGUUGCGGAAUAUUAUGCAAUCUACGAAGCAACAAAGGAAGCAAGAUGGUUAUCGCAGUUCAUGUCUGAAUUGGGGCAAGAUGGCUCUGCGCCCAGCCCUUCCGUGAUCCUCUCUGACAACGAGACGGCCAUAGCCAUGUGUAAGACAUGGGAAGUGUCUGAAAGGACGAAACAUAUAGAUAUCAAAUAUCAUUUUGUGAGGGACAUGACGGAAAAGGGGAAGAUACAGGUUAAGCACAUCACUGGCAGGGAGAACCCUGCUGAUUUGUUCACCAAGGCAGUGAACGGUGCGCGCAUCAAGUACCUGUGUGAAAAACUGAAUCUUGCACGUGUUCCUUGAGUGUCUGUCAUGAUUGUUAAAUUUUGAGAUUUAACCAGGAGCUAUGAAUGACUUGAACGGGGAUAUGUUCUGAAGUUAAGUCAAAUAGUGUUUGAUGGUUUUUUUUUUGUAAGUUCACACCGAAGGUUUUAUUCAACGAACACAUACUGUGCUGAAGGAAAUCUUAGUUUCUCUAACCUUAAGUGUCUCAAGGGGAAGUGUUGGAUAUGUUUUGUGAGACACAUAAGUCACGAAAGUAAUAAUGUUUUAUUUGUAUUUGCUACAUAGACUUUGAUUUGACUUCCUUUGUUUAGGUGCCAUCUUGUUUUUUGUAUGUGUACGAAUGUUGUUAUCGUUGCAGCCAUGUCGGCUCUGUGUGUACUGUGCGAUACUAGUAAAUAGAGAUUGAGUUAAAAGCAAAAGAGGAUAGGUUUGAUACACUCUAUGAUGACUCACAAGCACAAGCUAUGAAAGAGUUCCUGGAUUCUGAGCCGUCACUCAUUGAGUGCUGUGAGAAAGUGCAGUACUUCAGAGAUUAUAUAGUGAAAAUACUGGAACUAGUAAUGAAUGAAUACUUCUUUGUUGGCAGACUUGGACAGUAUGAUAUCAUACACAACUGGAAGGAACAGGCUUAUUCUUUCAUCAGCCAGAUAGUUGAUUACUUGGUGGAAAAGCAUCGUAAAGAAAAUGAAAGGAUCUGCAAGGAGUUCGCGGAGGUGACCAGGCGGGCGGCCCAGGUGCCCCAGUCGACAGAGGAGCUCCUAGCCAUGGUGCAGUACAUGGAGUACGCUCGUUCGACCCUGCUGGACGAGCUGGCGGAGGCCAUCGACGGGCAGGUGCAGCAGUUGGCCGUCUUCUUCGACUUCGCCGCCAUCUCCGUCGAUCACGUCGACGAGAACACCGCGGUCGUCCACUGGCUGCAGGACAUCCAGCCGGUCUUCGCGGAGAACGCCUCGCUUUUGGAGGAGUGCAAGCACGAAUUCGAACGCAAGCUCGCCGAGAAGACGGAGCAGCUGAGCAAGCAGCUGGAGGAGCUCGGCCCACGCCUCGUCAUGAUGGACCUCAUGGACGAGGCGGACAGCAUAGACGAGUACGUGCAGUUCAUGAUGAAGCUGCUGAGAAAGCUAAAGAAAUACGACGAGCAGUUAGCUUGGAUCAACAAGGAAGAGGCGUUAUUUAACCUGCCACUAUCAACGUACCCAAAACUGGAAGAACUAAAGGAUAUCAUAUUUCCUUUUUCAAAGCUUAUUUUCCAAAUUCGAAAUUGGAAAAGAAAUUACAGGAUCUGGAUGGAUGGAGACUUCCGCAAACUGGAUGCCAAAGAAAUUGAAAACACUGUUGACGAAUUGUACAGAGAAAUCACCAAAAUAUCGAAGACGUAUCGCGCUAAGAUCCGCGCCCAAAUAACUGCAGAUGACCCGACACGGUUCAAAGGCCAACUGGAUGAUGACGAUUAUGAUAGUUUGCCGGCUCCAAUCAAAAUUUCCACCAAGACAUUGCAGUACAUCAGAGAAUUCCGGAGACAUAUCCGACUCAUCGGUAUCCUGUGCAACCCGGCCCUGAUCCAGCGACACUGGGACGAGAUGUCCAAGAUUGUCGGCUUCGACCUCACUCCUGACGCCGGCACAACGCUCAGGAAGAUGCUUGCAAAGCGUCUCGAGGACGUCCUUGAAGAAUUUGAAGUAAUCAGCAUCAGUGCGGACAAGGAGAAACAGUUACAAGAAAACCUGGCAAAAAUGUUAGCAGAUUGGAAGGACAUUACAUUUACCAUCAGCACUUAUAAAGAGACAAAUAUACCAAUUCUUACGGCAUUGGAUGAUAUUCAGGCCGUGCUAGAUGACCACCUCAUAAAGACACUGACCAUGCGAGGGUCUGCCUUCGUGAAACCAAUUGAAGCCGAGGUCAAAAACUGGUAUGAGAAGCUAGUAAGAAUGAAUCGAACCUUGGAAGAGUGGGGCAAGGUUCAGUCUCAGUGGCUGUAUCUCUUGCCGAUAUUUUCCUCCAAGGACAUCAUUGCCCAGAUGCCUUCAGAGGCUGCCUUGUUUCAGGAGGUAGACGGAGCCUACCAGAGGAUAAUGAAUGCAGUCCAUAAGGAGCCACAUGUCGUCUUGACGGCUGGCACGGUAGGAAUUCUGGAGCUGCUGAUCGAGAGCGUGGAGAAACUUGAGACCAUAAAUGAUGGAGUAAAUGCCUACCUAGAGACGAAGAGGCUGUUCUUCCCAAGGUUCUUCUUCCUGUCGAACGACGAGAUCUUGGAGAUCCUCUCUGAGACGAAGGACCCGCUGAGGGUACAGCCCCACCUCAAGAAGUGUUUCGAGGGCAUCAGCAAGCUGGGGUUUGAUGAUCAGCUCGACAUAUACUCCAUGUUCAGCUCGGAGGGUGAGGAGGUGUCCCUGGUCAGCAACAUAUCCACCGUGGAGGCCCGCGGGAGUGUCGAGAAGUGGCUCGUGCAGGUGGAGGAGCAGAUGAAGCUCAGCGUGCGCCAGGAGAUCGAGCUGAGCCACGAGGACUACCCCGCCGUGCCCCGCACGCAGUGGAUGAUGCGCUGGCCCGGGCAGGUGGUGCUGUGCGUGUCGAUGAUGUACUGGACAGCCGACGUGCACGGCAACCUCUCGGGCAGGGAGGCCGUGGCACAGCUCGGGCGCUACCACUCCCGGCUGAUGCACCAGCUGAGCGAGACGGUGUCGCUGGUGAGGGGCCACCUGAGCGCUCAGGCGCGCAUCACGCUGGGAGCGCUGGUCGUCCUCGACGUGCACGCCAAGGACAUAGUGGAGGAGCUGCACGCCAAGGGCGUCGACACGGCCGCCGACUUCAAGUGGCUGGCCCAGCUCAGGUACUACUGGGAAGACGAUGCGGUGGUGCAGAUCAUCAACGCGACGGUGCCGUACUUCUACGAGUACCUGGGCAACUCGCCGCGGCUGGUCAUCACUCCGCUCACGGACCGCUGCUACCGCACGCUCAUCAGCGCCUACCACCUGCACCUGAACGGGGCUCCCGAGGGCCCCGCGGGCACCGGCAAGACGGAGACCACCAAGGACCUGGCCAAGGCCAUCGCGGUGCAGUGCAUCGUGUUCAACUGCUCGGACGGGCUCGACUACAAAGCCAUGGGCAAGUUCUUCAAGGGCCUGGCCUCGUCCGGGGCGUGGUCCUGCUUCGACGAGUUCAACCGCAUCGACGUGGAGGUGCUGUCGGUGGUCGCGCAGCAGAUCCUGUGCAUCAUCCAGGCCGUGCAGGCCGGCGUCAAGACGUUCGUGUUCGAGGGCACGGAGCUGGUGCUGAACCCGGCCUGCUACGUCUGCAUCACCAUGAACCCGGGCUACGCCGGUCGCUCCGAGCUGCCCGACAACCUCAAGGUGCUGUUCCGCACAGUGGCAAUGAUGGUUCCUGAUUACGCCUUGAUCGGCGAGAUCUCUCUCUAUUCCUACGGCUUUGUGGAUGCCAGAAAUCUAUCUGUCAAAAUCGUGACCACAUACAGAUUAUGCUCGGAGCAACUGUCAUCUCAAUGCCACUAUGACUAUGGCAUGAGGGCCGUGAAGACGGUGCUGGCGGCCGCCGGCAACAUGAAGCUCAAGUUCCCGGACGAGAAGGAGGACAUCCUCCUGCUGCGCUCCAUCGUGGACGUGAACCUGCCCAAGUUCCUCAGCCACGACGUCCCUCUCUUCGAGGGCAUCAUCUCCGACCUGUUUCCUGGCACCAAGCUGCCCACCAUCUCGUAUGACCUCCUCAUGGGUGCCAUGCUGGAGAUAUGCGCUGAAUUGAAAAUCCAGCCUGUGGAGACAUUCAGACUGAAAGUUAUCCAGACGUACGAGAUGAUGAUCGUCAGGCAUGGCUUCAUGCUGGUGGGCCUGCCACUGUCAGGGAAGUCUUCUGCACUCAAGGUGCUAGCAGGCACGCUGACGAGAAUGCAUGAGAGGGGGCAUGGUGAACAGGCUGCAGAAUACCAAAUAAUCAACCCCAAAUCAAUAACAAUGGGACAAUUGUACGGGCAGUUUGACCCAGUCUCUUACGAGUGGAGCGAUGGUGUUGUGGCUAAAGCUUUCAGGCGGUUCGCGACAGCUACGGACGGGGGCCGCAAGUGGGUGGUUUUCGACGGGCCGGUGGAUGCCGUCUGGAUCGAGAACAUGAACACCGUGCUGGACGACAACAAGAAGCUGUGCCUCAACUCGGGGGAGAUCAUCGCACUCACCCCGGCCAUGUCCAUGAUAUUCGAAGUCAUGGACCUGCUGCAGGCAUCACCGGCGACGGUGUCUCGCUGCGGCAUGAUAUACUUUGAGCCGGAGCUGCUGGGCUGGAAGCCGUUUGUGACGUCCUGGGUCUCCCAGCUGGACCAAUCAUGGCUGGACGAGUGCCAGGGCUUGCUGGAGGACUUGUUCGACUGGCUGGUCCCGCCCAGCCUGGAUUUCAUCCGGAAGCAAUGCCACCAGCUUGUGUCCAGCGGCAGCUCCAACCUCGUCAUGUCCAUGAUGAAGCUGGUGGACAUGCUGCUGAAGAGUGCGGUCAAGGCCGGCGAUGGUGGGACCGAGCACUUGCGCUCCUGGGUUCAGGCCGCCUUCCUGUUCGCCGGGGUGUGGGGCCUGGGCGGCGUGUUGGAUGCCGACAGCCGUCGAGCCUUCGACGAGUUCUACCGCGACCUGUGGAGUGGAAAUAACUCUCAUUGGCCACUGCCGAACAGAAUAGGCAAAAUAGAUGUGCCAGUGCCUCCCGAAGGCCUGAUUCAUGACUACUGUUACAUCUUCAAGGAGAAGGGCUAUUGGAGACAUUGGCUGGAGGUACUAGAGACCACAGACGUCAAAGAGACUAUAAACAUGCAGGAAAUAAUGGUUCCGACCAUUGACACAUUGAAAUACCAGUACAUAAUGGACCUGCACCUGAAACACUACUGCCCAAUGCUGCUCAUUGGCGACACAGGCACGGGAAAAAGUUUCUACACCCAGAACAAAAUGAUGCAUGGCCUUUCGCUGGAAAAUUACGUGCCCGCGUUCAUAACUCUUACCGUUCAGAUAACGGCCAACCAGCUGCAGGAGCUGGUCCUGUCCAAGCUGCACAAGCACAGGAAAGGCAUGUAUGGCCCACCGCACGACAUGGAGUGUGUGAUAUUCGUGGACGAUCUCAACAUGCCGGUUAAGGAGAUAUAUGGCGCGCAGCCACCUUUGGAGCUGCUCAGGCAGUUUUUCGACCACGGUUACUGGUACGACCUGAAAGACAUUUCGAAGAUGUCCCUGUUUAAUACGAUGUUGAUAGCCGCAAUGGGUCUUCCGGGAGGCAGCCGGCAGGAAAUUUACGAGAGGUUCCUUUGCCACUUCAACCUGUACUCCAUCAACCCAUUUACCCAUGAAAGCAUGAGUCGCAUCUUCACCAACGUGCUGUUCAUAGGCUUAAAGAGACACGGGCUUACAAGCGAUGUGAUGCCUUCCGUGGUGUCCACCGUGCAAGCGACACUGGACAUGUACCACUCUGCCAUAGAGAACCUGCGGCCCACACCAGCCAAGUCCCAUUACAUCUUCAACCUGAGAGACUUUGCUCGCAUCAUUCAAGGAUGUAUGCUUCUCAAGAAAGACUCUUUGCGUGACGACAAGGUUUUCAUCAAACUCUGGGUUCACGAAGUACUAAGAGUGUUCUAUGACCGCCUAAUUGAUAGCGAAGAUUGUGUGUGGCUCUACAAUAAGCUACGAGUUUGUGUGGAGAAGCAUUUCAAGAAAAGUUUCGAUGAUUCUCUUGAUACUUUGCCACAGGUUGACGGAAAGGUGGUUGAAGAGUCACUGGAGGGCCUCUUUUUUGGCACUUACAUGGAUGUUGAUGCACUUGAUGAAGAAAAGAAAUAUGAAGAAAUUCUUAAUAUAGAACAGUUUCUCACCUUGGCAUCUGAUGUAUUGGAAGAGUAUAAUGCUACUACCAAAGUGAAGAUGGACAUAGUACUUUUCAGGUACGCCCUGGAACACCUGUCGCGCAUAUGCCGGAUCCUGGCGAUGCCGUGCGGCAGCGGCCUGCUGGUGGGGGUGGGCGGCUCCGGCAGGCAGUCGCUGACGAGGCUGGCGACCGCCAUCACCGGCUUCCGCUUCUUCCAGCCGGACAUCACCAAGUCUUACGGGGCCAACGACUGGCGCGAUGACCUGAAGAAGGUGCUGAAGCAGAGCGGAGGGGAGAACCGCAACACCACCUUCCUGCUGACGGAGAACCAGCUGAGGGAAGAGCUGUUCCUGCAGAACGUCGACUCGCUGCUCAACUCCGGAGAGGUGCCCAACCUGUUCGCCAUCGACGAGCAGCAGGAAAUAUUCGACAUGGUGAGGCUCGCAGCCCAGGGAGGCAACAGGAACCUGGACAUAUCUGCCCUCGAAGUCUACACGUUCUUCGUGAACCGCUGCAGGCAGAAGCUGCACAUCAUCCUGUGCUUCAGCCCCAUUGGUGCGUCCUUCCGCCAGCGGCUGCGUCUCUACCCCUCGCUCGUCAACUGCUGCACUAUCGACUGGUACCAGGGUUGGCCGGAAGAAGCUCUGGAGCAAGUAGCUCAGAAGUACAUAGGUGACGUCGACAUCCCAGAGAAUGUAAAAGGUUCAGCCGUCGUAGCCUGCAAGUACUUCCACGUCACCUCCAGAGACAUGUCUGACAAGUUCUUCUCGGCCACGGGGAGGAAGACGUACGUGACCACCGCAGCCUACCUGGAGUUGAUCCGCUCCUACCUCAGGAUCAUGAAGCUGAAGCAAGAGGAGAUAAUCCAGACUCAGCAGAGAUACACGGGAGGGCUGCAGAGACUCCUGUUCGCAGAGGAGCAGGUGACGGGCAUGAAGAAGCGGCUGACGGACCUGCAGCCCAAGCUGGAGUACCAGGCCAGGCUGAUGAAGGAGAUGAUGCUGAGCAUCCAGAGGGACACCGUGAACGCGCAGAAGGCCUCGGAGCUGGUGCGGAAGGACGAGCAGGAGGCCAAGGUUGUGGCGGACGCCGCGGCGGCGCUCAGGGACGAGUGCGAAGCCGACCUGGCGGAGGCUCAGCCCCUUCUCGACGCGGCCGUGGCGGCUCUGGCUACGCUGACGCCUGCAGACAUUACGCUGGUGAAGUCCAUGAAGAGACCCCCUGAAGCUGUGAAGGUGGUGCUGGCGGCUGUUUGCAUUCUGAAGGACCUCAAGCCAGACAGAAUAAGUGACCCAAGCACCGGCAGAAUGGUGUCGGACUACUGGGGCCCCAGCCAGAGGAUGCUCGGAGACAUAAACUUCCUCCGUUUCUUGACCAAAGAAUUCGACAAGGAUAACAUUCCACCACACAUCAUGCAGAAGAUACGCAAAGAAUACCUGCCGGACAAGAAUUUUCAGCCCUCGGUAGUGGCAAAGGCGUCCAGCGCUGCGGAGGGUCUGUGCAAGUGGGUCAUUGCCAUCGAUAAGUACGACAAGGUUCAGAGGGUAGUGGCGCCCAAGAAAGAGAAGCUGGCGAUAGCUGAUGAGCAGUACAGAUCCACCAUGGAAAUACUGGACGCGAAGAAGGCGCAGCUGGCGAAGCUGGAGAAGAACUUGCAGGAGCUGCAGAGGAACCUGGAAAAUGCCAUCCUGGAGAAGCAGGCUCUGGAGGAUGAGAGAGAUUCCUGCAAGAAGCAGCUCGUCGUGGCAGAGAGGCUGAUAGGUGGCCUGGGAGGAGAGAAGUCCAGGUGGCAUGAUGCUGCGAAUUCCCUUCAGGAAAGCUUGAAGUUUCUUGCUGGAGACAUACUUAUAUCCUGUGGGAUAAUUUCAUACUUAUCUCCUUUCUCAGCAGCCUACAGGAACGAGUGCGUGGAGGACUGGCAGAAGUACGUGGUCUCCUUGCGGAUCCCCAGCUCGGAACGGUUCAGCUUCACUGGGGUGCUGGGCUCCGAGAUCAAGAUUCAGAGCUGGAACAUAUUCGGGCUCCCCAGGGACGACUUCUCCACCGACAAUGCCAUCAUCGUCGACAUGUCAUUCCGGUGGUCGCUGAUGCUGGACCCCCAGGGCCAGGCCAACAAGUGGAUCAGGAGCAUGGAGGAGCAGCGCAACCUGGCCAUCGUCAAGUUCUCGGACGCCGACUACAUGCAGGUGAUAGAGAAGGCGGUGGAGACGGGCCAGCCGGUGCUCAUGGAGAACGUGGGCGAGGAACUGGAGACUCCGCUGGACCCUCUGCUCGCCAAGCAGAUAUUCCAGCAAGGCAGCAAGUUCUACAUCAACCUGGGGGACAGCAUCCUGGACUACGACCCUCAGUUCCGGUUCUACAUGACCUCGAAGCUGCGCAACCCUCACCUGCUGCCGGAGGUGUUCAACAGGGUGACGGUGGUCAACUUCUCCCUGACGAUGGCCGGGCUGGAGGACCAGCUGCUGGGCAUCGUGGUGGCCAAGGAGAGGCCAGACUUGGAGGAACAGCGGCAGGAUCUGAUAGCACAGAGUGCAGCUGACGAGAAGACACUGAAAGAAGUGGAAGACAACAUCCUCAAAACACUGACUGAAUCUGGAGACAAAAUUCUGGAGGAUGAGCAGGCCAUUGAAGUGCUUGAUUAUUCAAAGGUUUUGUCUGCCGAUAUAGUAAAGAGGCAGGUCAUAGCAGCAGAGACGAAGGAGCAAAUUGAGGCCUUCCGGCAGAGCUAUCGCUCGCUCGCACGCCACUCGUCCGUGCUGUACUAUUGCAUCACCGACCUGCCCAAUGUGGACCCCAUGUACCAGUACUCGCUGCCAUGGUUCAUCAACCUGUACGUCAUGUCUAUUGAGACGAGUAAGAAGUCCAAGUUCUUUGAGAAACGUUUGGAGUACUUGCACGAAACAUUCACCCUGAACCUUUACAGCAACGUGUGUCGCUCGCUGUUCGAGAAGGACAAGUUGAUGUUCUCCUUCAUCCUCUGCAGCAAUAUCGAUAUGCAUAACGGGAAUCUGACCAGAGAGGAGUUCAUGUUCUUCAUGACUGGCGGGGUGGCCCUGGAGAACCCAAGGCCAAACCCUGACCCGGCCUGGCUCAGCACAAAGUCCUGGGACGAAGUCUGCCGUGUGGCCGAACUGCCUGCGUUUUCAGAGUUUGCCGACAGUGUGGAGCAGCACGUGCGUCAGUGGAAGGAGUGGUACGACCUGCUGGAGCCCCAGGAGCAGGAUCUGCCCGCGCCCUGGCAGCACCAGCUCACGCCGUUCCAGAGGCUGGUGGUCGUGCGCAUGCUGCGUCCCGACAAGAUAAUUGUGUCAGUCAGCAAGUUCGUGAAGGAAGAUAUGGGUGAGCGUUUCGUUACACCACCACCAUUCGACAUCGGUCGGUCGUACGAGGACUCCAAUUGCUUGUCUCCUCUGAUCUUCAUACUGUCUGCUGGUUCCGACCCGAUGUCGGCUCUGAUGAGCUUCACAGAGCGGAUGGGGUUCAGCAACAAGUUCCAGUCCAUUUCCCUGGGCCAAGGGCAGGGCCCGAUAGCGAGGGCCAUGAUGGCGGAGGCCCAGCAGUCGGGCGGCUGGGUGUGCCUGCAGAACUGCCACCUGGCCGUGUCCUGGAUGCCCGAGCUGGAGCAACUGUGGGACGCCCAGAACUUCGGGAACACCAGCCCGCUGUACCGGCUGUGGCUCACCAGCUACCCCAGCGACAAGUUUCCAGUAACGCUGCUCCAGAACGGAGUGAAGAUGACGAAUGAACCCCCGACAGGCUUGAAGCAGAACAUCCUGCGCUCGUACCAGUCGGAGCCGGUCAAGGACUCGGAGUUCUACGAGGGCUGCCCCGGGAAGGACAACACCUUCAACCGCUUGCUGUAUGGGAUAUGCUUCUUCCACGCCGUGGUGCAAGAGCGAAGGAAGUUCGGCCCGAUCGGCUGGAACAUCCCCUAUGGCUUCAACGAAUCAGACUUCCACAUCUCUGUCAAGCAGUUACAGAUGUUUGUGAAUGAGUUCACGGAGGUGCCAUACGAAGCCAUCUCGUACGUGACGGGAGAGUGCAACUACGGGGGGCGUGUCACGGACGACUGGGACCGCCGCACCAUCACAACGAUCCUCGCGGACUUUGUGAACCCGAACGUGGUGAAUGUUCCCUCGUACCUGUUCUCCCAGCUGGGGAGCAUGUACGGGCUGCCUCGCAGGACAGAGUACCGGGUGUACAUACAGCACAUCGAGGCGCUGCCAUCAUUGCCUCCUCCAGAAGUUUUUGGCCUCCACAUGAAUGCAGGAAUAAGUCGUGACCUGGGGAACUCGAGACUUUUACUUUCUACGUUGUUGUUGGUUUAUGGUGGAGGCGCGUCAGAAGGACAGGGCCAGUCAGGAGACAACCUCCUUGUUGAAGUCAUCAAUGACAUUUUGAACAAGCUGCCGGGUAACUUCGACGUAGAGGAAGCCAACAAAAGGUACCCCACGCUGUACUCCGAGUCGAUGAACACGGUCCUGGUGCAAGAGAUGGACCGCUUCAACAGGCUGCUGUCGACCAUGCGCACGUCCCUGGAAACACUGAAGCGCGCCAUCGCCGGCCUGGUGGUGAUGACCCCGGAUCUGGAGGCCAUGACCACUGCGCUGCUCAUCAACAAAGUCCCUGAGGCGUGGCAGCACGUCAGCUACCCGAGCCUCAAGCCCCUGGCCAGCUACGUACAAGACUUCCUGCAGCGACUCAAGUUCCUGCAGAAGUGGUACGACGAGGGCAAGCCGCCGACGUUCUGGCUGUCGGGCUUCUUCUUCACGCAAGCAUUCCUGACGGGGGCGAUGCAGAACUACGCUCGCAAGUACAAGAUAGCCAUCGACCUGCUCACAUACGACUUCGACGUGCUCUCGGCGGACCACAAGGCCCAGGCUCCCGACGAUGGGGUGCUGGUGUACGGGCUGUUCCUGGACGGCGCUCGCUGGGACAGGUCCAUGAAGCAGCUGGCAGAGCAGAGGCCCAAAGUGCUGGUGGACAGGAUGCCGCUCAUUUGGUUGAAGCCGUGCGAGCGAGCGGCCCUCCAGCUGAGAGCGCGCUACGUGUGCCCCUUGUACAAGACGUCCGAGCGCAAGGGGGUGCUCUCGACGACGGGCCACUCCACCAACUACGUGCUGCCGAUCCUGCUGGGCACAGACCUGCCCGCCAGCCACUGGGUCAAGAGGGGCGUCGCGCUCCUGUGCCAGCUGGACGACUGAGUCCUUCCGUCUCCAGCACGUUAUCCUCAAAUAUGUACUAAACAUUAUGAUUUUUUAUUAAAUGUUAACUAAAAAAUAAA